CGUGUAUAUAAGGACGAGAUCCUCCCACUUGGAACGUGACUCUUUUCUCCUCCUCAUGCAUGCUUUGAUGUCGUGUUUGUUAUCGACUUUCUUCCCUUCUUUUAUUCAUUAAACUCUGUACACUCAUUCACUUAUACAUUUGUUUAUCAUAUAUGCCGGUUGCUACACAUACAGUACGCAAAUUACGGCUAUAAUUUAUUCGUUACACUCAUCAUGAGAUCCGGGUUACCUAUCUUGGCGCAUUUACAUAUGCCGUUCACCUUUUGAGAUGACGAGACUGUAUCAUGUUUUUUCGGGGAAGCUUUUCUGCUUCGGCUAUGCCAUAUCGACGGAGUACAGUGUCCCAGUGGGUUGACGUACCGCGCCAGCAAACGACGAAUUGUACGGUACACGGACAGCGUCAAUUAAUCAUCCUCCCUCUUGUUAGUCCACUUGCCGAGGUUCCGGAUGUCAAUCUCUCUUUGAUUUUAUGCGGCAUCAUGGAUCAUGAUAUGCAAUCAACAGGAAGUAAAAGAGACGCCGACAAAGAGAGAAAAUGAAAAAUAAAAAGAAAAGAAAGAAAAAGAGAAAAAAACGAAGAAAAGAGAAGAACGAAGAGACAAGCCAAUCUUCUAUUGUUCUGUCAGGAGUAUUGCUCUUGGCACAAACAAAAGUCACGCAGCUCAAACCAACACAGGAAUGACCUCGUCUCUCUGCCUUCUUACAUGCUCGGAGCAUGUAUCGCUUGCCGGGGGCGUUUUCGUCUGAGUUCUCGUCAAGGGCAUUUCAGCACAGUCGCCAGAACUCAUGAGUGGCAGGUCGGGACUCGACAAGGUAGAACAUGAAGAAGGUUUUCCAUCUCGCCAUAAAGGAGCUGAACGUCGUUUGAGUGUCUCCCACCAGAUGUUUGAAGCCUGUGGAGAGACGAUGACGGCUGAAAGUCGACGUGCCGGGCACUGCUUGUUGCAUUGCUACGACUGAUCCUUCGACUCUUGCCGAGACUCACAGUGCGGUCAAUGCCAUCUGCUGCGUUCCCCGUCGCUGCUCAGGGCUGCGAGAGCGGGAGACCGAUCGGCCAUCGUACGAUGAUAUUCUGACAUUGUUGAUGUGUCAGAUGUCUUCGGGAUCUCCCAAGGGGUUUGAGACCUGACGGGAUGGUACGGCUGCUGAGCGCUUGAUGCAUUAUCACGACCGACACUCCGACUGCGACUAAGAAGAUUGGCGGGGAAUAUCAUCAGGAGACUCGAACGAGUUGGGAUUUGGCUUACUUGAUAGCCAACUCUCUUAAGAGGAUCCCGGUGUUGUUUCAACAGUUACGAAAAAAAAAUAAAAGCACAAUAGCCCCCAGGGGUACCAAAAAAAAAAAAAAAACACGAAAAACGGUUUGGUGGCAACUCGGUGUCAUCAGUUCUUAUAUUUCUUUUUGAUACCCCCUGGACUGGCUGUCACAGCUGGCGAAGCUAUUUCAUCACAGUUCUAUGGAUCUGGGUUACUUUCAGAGAGCGACCCGAGGCUUGUGAGCUGUGAGUGAGUCCCUAUGUCUUUGGUCAUGAACAUUUCAUACGGCCAUUGAUGUUGGGUAAUACAAGACCUGGUUCCGGCGAGUUGUUACGGUAUGCUAUGCAUCGCGCGUAGCACCAUUUUGAACUGGUCUUUUACUUGAGCCGCUCUUCAAAGUUAUCUUUGGCGCUUGAGGAGGAUUUUACAGUUCCCUCUAGGGGCCACCCAAAGCAGAGUGCAGCACAAUCUGUCGUCCUUCAAACAUCUCAGGUACCUCCCUGACGUUUGUUGACGCUUCAGAUAUCUCCUCUCGCUCGGUAACUUGAAGUGGCUCGAGAGAGAAAAGACUGAAUCAGUCUUAAUAAAAAGUUAAAAAAAGAAAAGCUGCCAAUUGACCUUGUCCAGUGGGUCUUAGGCUUAGAGAAACAUGUCUUUGGGGGGAAUAGGGUUACAAGACUCUGUCCUGACUGCGUAUGGUCUUUGAUGCUCCUUACGGCGAGGUUUGCUGGAGAAGUAUCUUCGGCCUGUGAAAGCUGGAAUUUGGAUAUGAUGAUCAUUAUAGAGUCAGGGGUAUGUUAUGAUGGAGCUCAUGUUUUCUGCCUCCAUCCCGAGCACUACGCAGCUGCAAUUACUGGUUGCAGUUGAGGGCGAUGAGGGAAGUGCAUGGUUCGCCAUUGGUGAUUUGCUUUGCAUGCAGAUGAAUUAUCGAGAUUGUACGAACCUGAUUUACAUGUUUGGGAUACAAGGACUGUCUGUGCCUAUGAACGGAUGUAUCAUUGUUUUACUACCAUUCGUCAGGCAUAUUUGGUGGAUUUACUUUGCUUGGAUGGCGAACGGCACCUGCGCCCUCGAUCAUCUUGCGUGUUCUGCAACGUCAUAAAAUAACACAAAAAACCUGCGGUUAGUCUAGUAAAUAUACUGCAACCGUACAUAAAAACAAGCGAGGCCAUCGUGAUGUGAUAUCUGUGCUUGAAACAGUUGUUAUUUUUUUGGGGCUUUAAUUCGUAAAAUGAUGUCCCUGGCGUAAGGGAUGGCCUUGGAGGGAAGAUUCAAGCCUGUUUCGUGUGAAGUUAUUCACCUAACCCAUAGUUCA